GGCUGGAUCCCUCCCUCCGGCUUCCUGCGCCCCAGUCACCUUCCUGCGACCCUUCCCGGGAGGAGCAUCCCGGGCGGGUAGUGAGGAGCUGGGGAGGGGCGGGCCGGCGGUUACCUCAUCGCCGCCUCCGGGAAGCUCCGCUCGCCCGCUCGCUCCUCGCUCGCUCGCGCCCCUGGCUGGGGCGGCGACUCAGGGCGCCGGAGCGACCGAAGGACAACGGGACUGAGGCACCGAGAGGCAGCGCCGUCCCCGCGCCCGGACCCGCUGCGGGACGCGCUGCGGGACCCGCGCGGCCAGGAGGUCCGACCCCGGUGCUCACGCUGCCGGCGGCGCCUCCAGCUCGCGCUGCGGGGCGGAGGCGGUGUCUGCACCGCGCGCGGGGUCUGUUCUCUCCCGAGCUUCGGCACCCGCCGGAGCUGCUCGUUCGUCCUCCGUCGGCCUGCUCGGCUUGCUGCCCUCCGGCCACCCGCUCCGUCCUCUGGCCCGGCCUCUCCUGGCCCAGGGUGCCCCGGGGGCGGAGGGGUGGGGGGCGAUGGGGAGCGCGGGGCCAGGGCGCACCGGGCAGGGCACGCGGGGCGCACGGCGCAGCGCUGGCCCAUGAGGGUUUACAGCGCUGGGCGCGGCUGGGCGCGCGGGCCAUGGGGGGCAGCCUGCGGGUGGCUGUGCUGGGUGCCCCGGGCGUGGGCAAGACGGCCAUCAUCCGCCAGUUCCUGUUCGGUGAUUACCCGGAACGCCACCGGCCCACGGACGGGCCACGCCUCUACCGGCCCGCGGUGCUGCUCGAUGGCGCGGUCUACGACCUGAGCAUCCGCGACGGCGACGGCGCUCCUCCGGGUCAGAACCCCGGGGGUCCAGAGGAGUGGCCAGACUCCAAGGACUGGAGCUUGCAGGACACGGACGCCUUCGUGCUCGUCUAUGAUAUCUGCAGCCCAGACAGUUUCGAUUACGUGAAGGCGCUACGGCAACGCAUCUCGGAGACCAGGCCGGCGGGCGCACCCGAGGCUCCCAUCCUCGUGGUAGGCAACAAGCGGGACCGGCAGCGGCUGCGCUUCGGGCCUCGGCGCGCGCUGGCCGCCCUGGUGCGCAGGGGCUGGCGCUGCGGCUACCUCGAGUGCUCCGCCAAGUACAAUUGGCACGUGCUGCGUCUUUUCCGCGAGCUGCUGCGUUGCGCUUUGGUGCGUGCACGCCCUGCGCACCCGGCCCUGCGCCUGCAGGGGGCGCUGCAUCCAGCGCGUUGCAGCCUCAUGUGAUUGAACUGGACGUCGACGCCGAAGGUGCGGGGGAGGGUGGUUUGAUCGGAACAACCGGGUACCCGGAUUGGACGAAAUUGCCCAACUUCUCUCGGAUUGGACAGGACAAAGUCUCCUCCCUGAUUGGAUGAGGAAACCUCCCACUCAGUCUCCGGGGCGACAGGACUUUCUUUGAACUGUAUUGGACCCUGCCAGGCCCCCAAGCCACACUGGGCUCCAGCAGUCUUUUCUGGGACCUCAUUGGGUUACAGUCCCAUUGGGUAGAAGGGACUUGGCUGUGGAUCUGAUUGGAAGCGCUCAGGUUGCUCCUGCGGCUCCACUGGACAGACUCUAAAAUCACACCUCUCAGGAGGUAAUAAAGGGUAAAACG